AUGUAUCGGAAUAUUUUUACAUUGAUUUACUAUAAAUUAAUCAAUAUAUUUUUCAUUAUAUCACCAAUUAUAAACACAAUUUAUUCUUCACAUUCACGUUCGGCUCUUUGUUUUCUCACUCGACAACCUUCUUCCGAAACAGUUGAAUUUGCUCUUGAAUUAGCACAAAAUAUAUCAUCUAUAAAUGUAUUUAUUAUUGUUGACAAUAAUACAGUCAUUACUCUACCGAUAUUAUCAUCUACAGUUCAAUUUCUUCAAUUCAAUGAAACUAUUUGUACAAAAUAUGGUUUUCAACAAGCUAAUGUUUUUGGCUCUGGCAAAAUUUGUUCAGCAUGGGAUAAAGCACUUUAUUACUUUUCAAGACAUUCUAAUCAUCAUUCGUUUGUGUGGUUUGUUGAAGAAGAUGUUUUUAUUCCUUCAAUUCAAGCAUUUCUUUCUUUACAUGAACUUUAUUCUUCAUCCUAUGAUCUUGUUACUGCUGAUAUUGAAUAUAACAUCAACGGGAAUUUAACUAGUUGGUAUCAUUGGUAUUUGGCACCUGGAACAUUUGUUCUUCCAUGGGCUCAUGGAAUGGUAUGUGCUAUAGGUUGUAGUCGUCGAUUAUUAUUAGCUGUCAAUGAAUAUGUACAAUGGAGAGGCCAUCUAAUAUUUAUUGAAUUCUUAUUUCAUACAUUAUCUAUUCAAGAUAAUAAUAUGAAAGUUGUAACUCCAUUGGAAUUAGAUACAAUAAUUUAUCGAAACAAAUAUACAUUUGAACAGAUACAAGCAAGACCAAAUAAUUGGUGGCAUCCAAUAAAAAAUUUUGAUCAACAAAGAGAAUGGCGAAAGUGGUUAAUCAAUAAUUCUUCGAUAGACAAAAAAAGCAUCUUCAUAAUAUUAAAUUCUAUAAAAACGCAAUUAAAUAAUAAUGACAUUACAAAAUCUAUCGAUGAUAUCAAAAAUCAAAUGUUAAGUCUUCUUGCUCAAUUUGAAGUUCUAAAAGGUCAAAUAAAAUCAUCUACUCGACGUCAAUUUCGAGAACAAUUUCUUCGACUAACUACAAAUCGAUCUGAUAACUUGACAGCUAUAGCAGUACUUCUUGCUGAUCAUGCAUAUAAGUUACCGCAAUCUCAUGCUGAUAAAGUUUCCAUAACAAAUAAAACAGUCGUCCAUGUGAAAUUGGAAAAAGCAAUUGAGAACAAUAAACAAAUGAUUCUUCGAUUCAUGAAAAGUGAUAAUCACACUCCAGAUGAAAUGCUAAUAAUCCAUCAGUUGCGUUAUGAAACAAAGAGACUAAUACGUAAACUUACUGUUGAGAUACGAUGUGAACAAAAAGUCAUCAUAUGUGAUCAAAAGAGACAAUGUAAAUUUAUGUGCAUAGUAUAGAUAUGUUACACUAGAGUACUCACUUAUAAUUUUAAGAAAAUAAGCAUAUUCUUUUGUUCUAGGGCUUG